UCCAAUACUACGAAGCAUUCUAAGUAGCAGUGGCUGCUGCCGUUAUACAGUCCGAUUGGUGGCUGGGUAGUUGUUCUCGAGCAACUUGGUGAGCAACAAAGUCAAGAGCUGGUCCAGUUUCACAGCUCGUUCGUCCCGACGCGCUUCCAUUUGGUCGCGGUAGUCGUCGCGCUCCCGCUCUCGGAGUUCCCGCUCCUGUCGCAGGCGUUCGCGGCGGUCGUCGCGCUCCUUGUCCCACAUUUCCCUUCGCUCCUCCAUCUGCUGAAGCCACUGCUCCCUAGACUGUUCUAGCAUCCACAGCAUCGACAUGAUCGACGUCGGCGCUUCGUCCGGCGGGUACGUGGACGACAACGCUGUGCGCGGCCGCUUCGGAGGCCGAGCGGAACUGGCGCGACUGGUGGUGCAUGGGCGUGCCGCCGUGGUGCCGGCAUCGUCCCCUUGCCGCCCGUCGGUGGCGGCACCGUCUUCGGACCCAAGUUGGUUGGUCGGGAGUUCGGGAUGCACGGUUCGAAGGGCUUCCGUGAGCUGGCGUCGUGUCGGCGGCAUGUUGGGACGCGUCAUGAUCUUCUUUCCCAGCGCAGCCAACAGUUUCGGCCGCAGAAUGGCAGAAGCAACUGUCGAGGAAAUUGGCGCAGGUGGAGCGGGGGGCGUCGGAGCGAGGGGUUCGUCAGGUGCCGUCGUCGUCGACGAAGCCACAUCCCCGGCAGGAAGUCCGUGGGGCUGGGAAGUGACGUCUCCCCGAAGCGACUCCUUUUUUCGAUCAAUGUCGUUCUGGAUGCGGUGGGCCUCGACGAUGUGGUCUCGAUUGGUCAGCCCCGCUGUAUCGUCGACUGAACUUCGCCAUGUAGCUCAUUAUCUCAAGGGUACCUGUAAGGAUCGUCAACGAGCACAAGUGCUUGAACCUUCGUUUGAUGGCUUGCACAUUACGGCGGUCGACCUUUUGCCGGUGAAAGUUGAAUGCAAGCGCCACGUCGUCCCAUCCGCUCGUGUCCACGGGAACAAUGUCCGCCACGCAAGCAAGCAGGUCUGGAGCAUACGUGAUCUCAAGGCACUGGAACAUGCCGCCGCACGUACCUUUCUCUUCGAGUCGCUUCCACCCUUUACCUCGACCGCCGCUAGCCGUCAUGACGAACACUCGAAUGAAUUGUCUCGUUUGGUAUCCGGUACUUGGGCUGAAUUAUCCGUACAUUUUCAUCCAGGGCAACAAGGAUGGUUGUGCUGUCGGUCCCGUCCGUCCGCUGCGGCUGCAUUCCGGCCAAGGUGCAUCAUGUGGCAUACUUCUUCCAUGACGCUAAGGUCGCGACCACAUGAAACGCAAUUGUCCAACUGACGUCACUCUUCGUCCUCCAUCUUGACGGCGACAUCGAGCUAGUGCAAACACACGGACGGCUCCACGUACAUAGCCCCGAUCACAGCCUCCUCGUGGCUACGUUCAUCAUGCAGUGGCAUGCCCGUGUAGGGGAAGUCAUCCUGACAACGCUGUAGCCAUGCUGCAGCGGCUGCGACGUUGAUACACCGUGACAAUUUAUACCCGCCUUUAUCGAAUUUCACGAAAUUUCGACGGCCUUGUAGGGCUGUCAGCGCCGUCGCGCCUUCAAUCCAUCCUCCACGACAGCGAUGGAAGAGAAGAACCUGCUAUUGAGCGGCGAGAUUCUGCUCGGUCGAUGGCGCGUGGUCGAGAAGAUUGGCGAGGGAACAUUCAGCCAGAUCUACACGGCGUUCGACUUGACCAACCCGGCGCACAAGGUGGCUGUGAAGGUGGAAGCACCGAGCCAGAUGAAACCUGUGCUGGAAUGGGAAAGCCAGGUACUUGUGGCGUUGCAGCGCAAGAAUCCGUACGUGUGCAAGUACCACCACCACGGCAAGCACGGCGACAACUUCAUCUUGAUCAUGGAGUUGCUGGGCGACAACAUGUCCAAGAUGCGUCUGCAGCCCGACGCGACCCACGGCGUCCCGCUGCCCAAGUGCAUCUCCGCCGCCAUCCAAAUGCUUGACUGCCUCGAAGCGUUCCACAACGCCGGCUACCUCCACCGCGACAUCAAAGCGUCCAACUUUGCGCUCUCGAACGGCAAGGACCCCAAGUACGUCCAUCCGCUCGUCGCCGUCUUCUCCCUUCUAUUCCAUCUCAUGCAAAUCAUCAUCAUCAGGCGCUACUUUGUCAUCGACUUUGGCUUGUCCAAACAACAUCUAGACCCGCAGGGCCUGCCAAUCCCGCCGCGGGACAAGGCCGAGUUCCGCGGCACGUCCAUGUACGCGUCACUAGCCGCGCACCGGCGGGAAGACCUCGGGCGGCGCGACGACCUAUGGUCAUGGAUGUACCUCGUGCUCGACUUUAUCCGCGGCGAACUACCGUGGGCCCACGACGCGCAAAAGAAGAAUCGCGAGGUGGUGGUCGCGCUCAAAGAGUACUUCACCGAGACACACCCGGAGCAGAUGCUCGAGGGGCUGCCGGGGGCGCGGCACCUCCUCGCCAUCAUGGAGCACCUCAAGGGUCUGUCGUACUUCGACGCACCCAACUACGCGCUUGUCCGCAAGGCGGUGAGGGCCGUGGAGGACGCCAAUGACGAAGCGAGUUUGGUGCAGGAGUGGGAUGCUCUGGAGGACACGAGUGAGCGGGCGUCCAAGUGGGUUCGGGCGCUGGGGCAGGGCGUGAUGCCGCCGGACAUGCUGCUUAAGCUCGCCAAGCAUUACGCAUCCUUCUUUGAGCUCGAUAGCCCCACACAUGAACGCCUGGAGAUGCAGGAGCGUAUUUGGAAGCUCGAGAAGCGGCUCAAUGUGGCGGCGACGGCGGGACCCCCCACGAUCCAGUCGUUUGGUGAGCGACGGCAGGCCGAGCAGAGGAGGAAGGUAGAGGCGCUCCAGCGGCGGAGGGAGGCCGACGUGGCCGUGAGACAGGAGCUCGCCAAGCGACUACACAAGGUGGCGGCGGCGCCGCUAGAAGGAGAGCGGGAUGGCUUUGAGGGCAAGGGAAUCGCCGCCGCAGAUGGAGUCAAGACAGCGGCGGGAGAAUCGCCGACACAAGGCACGCCUCUGACCAAUCAGAUGGACCACGAUACCACUAGCGUUGGAAAGCCAUACAUUGCCGCCAUUGGGUCCAGGGACGGCGGCAGUGCGCGGCCGCGGCCCCCCAAGCGGUCGCGGUGGGAUGCUUAACCAAUAUGACUGUGAUCGUUUCU